AUGCCAGAGCCAAAACCUAAUUCCUCAGUGCCAACACCUUCUAAAGACGAGAAAUCUGACCCAAAAGGGGACGCUAAGCCUGUAACGCCAGUGCCCUUAACACCUGUGGCAGAAAUAAAAGCCAAUGUUCAACUCAUUGAGCGUGCUGUAUCGACACUUGAGCCACGGUUUACUCAUCGUGUCCUCCGCUCUCUAACUACACUAAGGAGAAAACUCAAUACCAAUGUACUUAGGGAUGCUUUAGAAGCUGUUUAUUCCAAAGCCUCACCUGGGUUGGCAGUGCUCCUUGCGUACAUACCACCAGCAACCAAGUCUUCGGAAGCCCCUAUGGAUGUGGAUGAUUCUCCGGCCACUGCGACAACACCAAUUAAAGCGUCCACGGUCGAACCCAACCCCGAAGUUGACACUUACCUGCGACUGCUCGUCAUUUUGUUUCUCAUAGAUUCCAAGAACGUCAAAGGGGCAGUAGACUUGGCUCAUCAGACGGCUGAACGGAUCCAUACUUUCAAUAGACGGACUCUGGAUCCAGUCGCAAGCAAAGUGUACUUCUACCUCUCACGAGCUCAUGAAAUACAUGGAGACGUUUCCGUGAUCCGUCCUUUACUUCUCGCGGCUCAACGCACGGCGUCUCUCCGUCAGGAUGCCGACUGUCAAGCAGUCCUCAUUACUCUUCUGCUUUCCAAUUACCUUUCAUUCCAACUAUAUUCGCAAGCAGACAAGCUUGUCUCGAAAACAACGUUCCCAACUUCUGCUGGCAAUCCCCAGCUUGCUCGUUACUUAUAUUAUCUAGGCCGUAUCCGUGCUGUCCAAUUGUCCUACUCGGAAGCUCACACCCAAUUGCAACAAGCCAUACGGCGUGCGCCCAACUCCAAAAUCGCCCCUGGGUUCUACCAGACUGUCCAUAAACUCUUCAUCGUUGUCGAGCUACUUAUGGGGGACAUUCCAGACAGAAAUUUAUUCAGGGACCCUGUUCUUAGGAAGCCCCUGAUACCAUAUUUGCGAAUUGUUCAAGCGGUUCGCACAGGAGACCUUUCCCAAUUCCAGGCUGCCCUCUCAACCCACGCCGCCCAAUUCACCCAAGAUCAAACGUACAAACUGAUUCUGCGUUUGCGACACAAUGUGAUCAAAACCGGAGUCCGUUCACUAUCGUUAGCUUAUUCAUUGAUUUCGUUGCGAGAUAUUUGCGUCAAGCUUCACUUGGAUUCCGAAGAAGACGCUGAGUAUAUCGUCGGUAAAGCUGUUCGUGAUGGUGUGAUUGAGGCCCGCGUCGACCAUGCCAAUGGAUGGAUGAUCAGCCAUGCUCGCCGAGCGGAGGGCGCGGAAGGCGUGUACGCAACAGCUGAACCACGAGAAGUCUACACGAAGCGAGUUGGUUUUUGUCUAGAGCUGCAUAAUGAAUCUGUCAAGGCCAUGCGUUACCCAUUGAAUGCGCAUCGCAAGGAAUUGGCCAGCGCAGAAGCUGCACGUGAGAGAGAAAAGGAAUUAGUGAAAGAGAUCGCGGACGGUGAGCUUGAUGACGAGGAGGAUGGAGGAGGGAUGGGGGAUUUCUAACUCAUAGCAGGAAGAUAUGUGAUGGGUCGCUUACGUGCGCUUUCCGACAAACUGGAUUGUAUUGAAGUCACUUCUGGGUCUCAGUUGCCCUUACAUAAUGAAAGUGCCUGAAUUAU